CAUUGCCAGAGCGAGAGCUGUUGGUUGUAUUGGAGUUAACUAGCAGUUUCUACGGAUAUGCCUCCACGAUUCCUCUUCCAGCCUUCUUUCAAGGCCUUUACUGGAUCUUCCUAUGCCCAGAGCCCGCUCGCUGCACUUUCGUUGAAUCCCUCUAAAACUUCUAUAAGAGCGGGAUCGGCCGAGACUAGGGAACGUCGAAGACAUGAUCCGUUUUUGAUGGCACAGUCACGUCAGCGUAAAGCUGCCAAUCUAUCUCGUCAACAGGCUCUUGCCGAAGAACGCCAACGCUCUCUGGGCGACCCUGUGGAAAGCGCGCCGACGCCAUUUAUCCAAGAGCUCAAAGCCUCGAAAUCAGGGCCACAAGCCCCCUCUAGCUCAGAUGCAAGACUCAACUACUUCGUCACUCCGGAGGGACUCCAGGAGGCGUUGGAAUAUUCAAGAAAUUUAACCUCUCCUCUUGAAAACCCAGACCGGGACACCGCAGACCCUCAGCUUGAGAAGGAAGCAGCCGAAAGACAUCUCCAGGAACAUCGGAACGCUCAGGAGGCGAUUAACCGUAUCGUAAAGAUCAACAACGGAAACACACAAGAUCAGAUGCGCAUACAUAUCCAGAACUGCAUCGAAAAGUUUGGACGACACAAUACCGAUCAGCUUCUGCCUCCAAAGCCUGCAGCCGUAUCGCAUCAAUCUGCCACUGAGCACCCUGAGAAGACUCCUCGAGUCGGUCCGGACACUGGCUCUCCAGAAGUUCAGGUUGCUAUCCUUACUGCAAAGAUCCUGAAUUUGUCUAGACACUUGCAAACGACCAACAAAGAUAAACAUAACAAGAGAAACAUGAGGCUCCUUGUGCACAAGCGACAGAAAUUGCUUCGGUACCUGCGUAAGAAGGAGAGAGGUGGCCCCAGAUGGCAGCACUUGGUUGAGACCUUGGGGCUGUCGGAUGCUGCUUGGAAGGGUGAGAUUAGCAUGUAAUGGCUUGCUAGCGUUUGUAUUGUUCUUUUACCCUUGUUAGUUUAUUAUUAGACCAUUCUAUUUUGGCGUGUAACUAUAUAGCAUACUUUCCUGUGUGCCGCAAGGAGCUCGCUUUUGCACCUGGUCCUUUUGAUAUUUCAUAUCUAGCAACUUAUCUUGUACAAGUAUAACAUUUUUACCCUAUAAACCGCUGUUUCGAGCGGUUAAAUAGUAUGUGUUGUAAGCAGCUUGCGGCCCUUCUAGAUGUCAAGACUUGAACGUGUAUAGCAUAUUG